AUGUCAGCCAUAGAGAACACUCUUCAGUCAAUCCAAAACCAGUUGGAGUCCAUUCCGUUCUACGACGAUCUGGUAGACAAGUGGAACGACCUGGCCGGAGACAAAAUUAAGACCAAAGAUCCGUUUGUCGAGACAUUGCCGGAUGGCUCGACGCGCAAACUUAAACUCCCCGAUAACGCUACGAAAGACCAGAAAAAGGCAUGGAAACGAAUACAAAGAAGAGCAUGGAUCGACGACAAGUGUUUCCUCGGAUGCUAUCCAAUUGACUGUGGAAUAGGUUUGGGGCCCAUUGUGGUGAUGAUUCCUGGAAUCGGUCCGCUAUUAAUGUACGCAAUUCACGCCCGGCUGAUCCACAUGGCCAGCCAUGCCUUUGAUAUUGAUCCCGCAACGUAUUCCAAAAUGCAGGCCAAUAUUCUCUUUGAUCUGCUCAUCUCAUUGCCGCCUCUGAUUGGUUCUUUCUUUGCAUGGAUGAACGGCUGUUCCACACGAAACGCGGCCAUAGUUCACACACGAGUUCGAAAACUACUAGCUAUUCAAGAGCGACAUCAACAGCAGUACCAGCCCCAGCACCGUUCUGACCAUCUGCAACGGCCUGUGCCAGCGGCCACUUCAGCCUCUAACCCGCCACCACUGCCACCGAAAUCAGCUACCAUACGAGAUCCACAAGCGGGGCGGUGA